AUGCACUUGGGAUUCACUCAGAUAAGGGAGCUACCAAGCUCUAUUGGAGGACUUGAAUCAUUGGCUGCAUUACAUUUGUGGGGUUCAAAGAUUGUAGAAGUGCCUACUCCUAUUGGAAAUCUUAAAAAGCUGGAGUGCUUGGUUCUGCUAGAGAUCAAUAUAAGAGAGCAACCAAAGGACAUGGGGAUGUUGGAGAAUUUCAAAGUGUUAGAAUCCGAUGGUUGUAGAAAUAUCACAUGGAUGGGGGAGUCACCAAAAGCCAACAAGUGGAAUCUAAGUAUAAAUAUCACAUGGCCUCCUCAGCUUUGGUCCCUUAACAUGCCUUGGGAUGAUCCUCGAUCUCUUACAUGGCUUCCUUCCAAUCUGUGUCAUUUGGUGCCACACGCUGUUGCUUCUGAUCUCUCCAGUCAAGAAGAGCUUCUUAAGGAACAAAUUGCCCUAGAAUGUCAAGGAGCAGAAAAAAGAGAGGUAGCCAUCUCAUCAUCUUUACCCAGAGAACAAGGGUGGUUGACUCAGCAUUUGUACAACUAUCAAGGCUUCUGGUAUGACAAUCACUUCCUCGGAGGAGUCAUCUGGGCCCAGCAACAUUUCGAGGCCCGGCCCACCGACACCCUCUUGGCCACCUUCCCUAAGACCGGCUUGACAUGGAUCAAGGCUCUGUCAUUUGCUAUUGCCAAUAGGCACAACCAAGACCUCCCCAGGCACACUUUGCUCACCAAGAACCCUCAUGAAUGUGUGCCCUUCAUUGAAUUCUUCGCCUAUGAGAAGGACCCCAUCUCAGCCCUCCACGCUCUUCCCUCGCCUAGGCUUCUCUCCACUCACAUCCCUUAUGCCUCGCUGCCAAGAUCGGUUGCGACCUCAGGGUGCCGGAUCGUGUGCAUCGUCCGAGACCCAAAGGAUGUGUUCGUGUCAAUGUGGAGCUUCAUUAGCAAAGUGAAAUAUACCGAUAGUGAUAGGCCGCCUGUUUCUCUGGAGGAAGCAUUUGGGCUAUUCAGUAGAGGGGUGUCUCUUUCAGGGCCAUACUGGGACCAUGUGCUAGGCUAUUGGAAAGCAAGCUUGGAGUAUCCAAACAAGGUCUUAAUUUUGAAGUUUGAGGACUUGAAGAGGGAGACAGAGCCCAAUGUGAAGAGGCUAGCAAAUUUCUUGGGCUGUCCAUUUACUCCUGAAGAGAUUGAUGGUGGUGGAUUGCAGGAAAUCAUAAAGCUCUGCAGCAUAGAGAGUUUAAAGCAAAUGGAAGUGAACAAAUCUGGGGUCUUUCGUAUGGGAACUCAAUCAAGCGGGACGGUCGAGAAUAGCGGGUUUUUUCGGCGAGGGGAGGUGGGCGAUUGGAAGAACCAUCUCUCACGACAGAUGAUCGAGCGGCUCGAUCGGAUAACCGAGCAAAAGUUUGAGGGUUAUGAUUUGAAGUUCUAA